GAGAAAUUAAAGAAAAAUAAAAUAAAAAAGCCUCCAUGAAUAAAAGCUGGUUGCUCAGAUCAAAUUCCUCUCUCUCUCGCGGCGGGAAACAGAUUGUUUCCCCUAAAACCUCCCUCCAAAAUCAAACCCCAUUUCCUUCCAAACCCUAGAAAAUUCCCAGUUAAUUUUUUUUUUUUCCGAAUUCCCAAUUUUCCUGGAGAUCACAUUCGAUUGUUUUCUCUUUCAUGGUUUCUUGAUUCCAAUGGCAUUACCGUCCAGUGAUUUAACUCGAACUGUGUGGGCAGACGAAGAGGCGAGGCCCUCGUCGCCGUGGCGGGUGCGGCAGCGGCAGCUGCUGGAAGCGGAGGAGGAGUCUGUGGACGUGGAGAGAGGGACGCCUUUGAAGUACGUCUCACUAUGCGACGUCUACUCGGCAACCUCCCCUUGCGUCAGGGCCAGCGGAUCGAAGAAAGUCAAGGCCUCUCGCAAAAUCACAACUUUUGACAUUCCGAACUGUGCAGCUAAGCAAUUCGUUCCGGCGGCACCUACCAAUUCUAGUACAAUGUCGAAGCCCCCUAUUACGCAGUUCUACACGCGCCGCUGCAAGAGGAAGCAGCCCGAACCCUCCUUUUUCAACUCUCUUACUUCGCCCCUGCAGCCAAUUGUUGCAAAACUGGACAAUGUGGAGGUAAAGACUGAAGUAGAAGAGGGGACAGAAGAUGAGAUUGUUGCAAAGGAUGAGAAUUAUGAUUCAAAGAAAAGGAGAAAAGUGGGAAGCAGUUUGGAGCUGUUGAAAUUGGGGGUGGAUGUGAAUUCAAUUAGCAGUGGCCUUAAUGGGUUAAGGGAAACCCGGAAUAAAACUACCAUUUGCAGUAAUAAUACUGUUACCAGUGAUAACAAUAAGACUAAUUGUAAGACUAAUUCUAGUUUAAAGGCAAAUAAUGUUAGGAAGCAAAAAGAGGAUGGUGCUUUGGAGAUCAAUUUUCAAUCUGGGCAAAUUCGUUGCAAAAAAUGGGUUUGGCUAAGAUUCGAAGGAGUUGAUCCAAAGAAAUUUGUAGGACUACAAUGCAAGGUUUACUGGCCCUUGGAUGCUGAUUGGUACAAGGGUCGCAUUCUUGGAUACAAUUUUGAUACUGGACGGCAUCAUGUUAAGUAUACUGAUGGGGAUGAAGAACAUUUGAUUUUGUCAAACGAAAGGGUCAAAUUUUUUGUUUCAGCCGAGGAGAUUAAACAUUUGAAGUUGAGUCGUACUGAUGGAAGCGCUGAAACAGAUGGAAUUGAUGUUAAUGAGAUGGUCGUCUUAGCUGCUAGUUUAGAUGAUUGUGAGCAGCUUGAGCCUGGGGAUAUCAUAUGGGCUAAACUUACUGGUCAUGCUAUGUGGCCAGCCAUUGUUUUAGAUGAAUCUCAAACAGGUGGGCGGAAAGGCCUGAAAAAGACUUCUGGAGAAAAAUCAGUUCUUGUGCAGUUUUUUGGCACCCAUGACUUUGCUAGGAUCAAAGUGAAGCAAGUUAUCUCUUUUCUUAGAGGACUUCUUUCUUCAUUUCACUUGAAAUGCAGGAAACCAAAUUUUGUUCGAGGUUUGGAGGAAGCAAAAAUGUAUCUUAGUGAACAGAAACUCCCAAAAAGAAUGUUGCGCUUGCGGAAUGGCGUUGAAGCUGAUGAUUAUGAUAGUGAAAAAGAAGGGGAUGAUUGCCAUGCUGAUUCAGAUGGAGAGAGCAUGGAGAAUGGGCUUCAAAGAAGACUUGAGGACCUCAGACGUUUCCCCUUUGAAUUGGGGGAUCUGCAAAUAAUUAGCCUUGGAAAAAUUGUAGAUGACUCUGAUAAUUUUCAAGAUGACAAAUGCAUUUGGCCUGAAGGAUAUACUGCACUGAGAAAAUCUCCUUCAAUAAUGGAUCCUAAUAAAUGUGCUUCAUAUAAGAUGGAGGUACUUAGAGAUCCUGACUUGAGGACACGGCCUAUGUUUCGAAUUACUUCAGACAAUGGGGAGCAGUUUAAGGGAUCCACACCAUCAGCCUGCUGGAAUAAAAUUAUGAAAAAGAUAAGGAAGCUGCAAGCUAAUGAUUCUGGUGGCACAUGCAAAGGAUUUCUUGAUUCUGGUUCAGAUAUGUUUGGUUUUUCCCACCCUGAGAUUUUGAAACUUAUAAAGGAGUUAUCAAAAUCCAGAGCUGCCUCAAAAUAUUCAAAAUUGUCCUCUAAAUGCCAAGAGUUACCUGCUGGGUAUAGGCCUGUUCGUGUUAAGUGGAAAGAUCUUGACAAGUGCAAUGUUUGUCAUAUGGAUGAGGAGUACGUGAAUAAUCUGUUUCUGCAGUGUGAUAAAUGCAGAAUGAUGGUGCAUGCCAGAUGCUACGGGGAGCUGGAACCUGUAGAUGGAGUUCUUUGGUUAUGCAACUUGUGUCGGCUGGGUGCCCCAGAAUUCCCUCCACCUUGUUGUCUAUGUCCUGUCAUUGGAGGUGCUAUGAAGCCUACAACAGAUGGCCGAUGGGCGCACCUUGCUUGUGCCAUUUGGAUACCAGAAACUUGCUUAUCUGAUAUUAAGAAAAUGGAGCCCAUUGAUGGACUGAAUAGAGUCAAUAAGGAUCGCUGGAAGCUCUUAUGUAGUAUUUGUGGUGUUCCUUACGGCGCUUGUAUACAGUGCUCAAAUAAUAAUUGUUGUGUAGCAUAUCACCCCCUUUGUGCACGUGCUGCUGGUUUUUGUGUUGAGCUUGAGGAUGAGGAUAGAUUGCAUCUUAUUCCUUUAGAUGAGGACGAAGAGGACCAAUGCAUACGCCUGAUUUCCUUCUGCAAGAAGCACAGACCUCUUUCAAAUGAACGACCUGCUGUGGAUGAAUGUGUUGCUCAAAAAGUGUGUGAAUAUUCAGACUACAUUCCUCCACCAAAUCCUUCUGGCUGUGCUCGGAGUGAGCCCUAUAAUCAUUUUGGAAGAAGAGGACGGAAAGAGCCAGAAGCCCUUGCUGCUGCAUCCUUGAAGCGUUUAUAUGUAGAAAACAGGCCAUACUUGGUGGGUGGCCAUAGCCAACACGAUUCUUUCUGUAGCACAGUGUCUUCGAAUGCACCUGGUUGUUCCAAAUAUUCGGUUGACCUUCAAAAGUUAAAGAAUUCCCACCUUCAUGUAUCAAAGAGUAUACAAUCAAUGAGUGAGAAAUAUGAACACAUGAAGGGUACUUUUAGAAAAAGACUGGCAUUUGGGAAAUCUGGUAUACAUGGGUUUGGCAUAUUUGCAAAGCAUCAACAUAAAGCGGGAGACAUGGUCAUUGAAUAUAGUGGAGAACUUGUUAGACCUCCAAUUGCUGACAGAAGAGAACACUUGAUUUACAAUUCACUAGUGGGUGCUGGAACCUACAUGUUUCGGAUUGAUGAUGAACGUGUCAUAGACGCAACAAGAGCAGGGAGCAUUGCACAUUUGAUCAAUCACUCAUGUGAACCAAAUUGUUAUUCUAGAGUUAUAACUGCCAAUGGAGAUGAACAUAUAAUCAUAUUUGCCAAAAGAGACAUCAAACAAUGGGAAGAGUUGACAUAUGAUUACAGAUUUUUUUCCAUUGAUGAACAACUUUCGUGUUAUUGUGGCUUCCCAAGAUGCCGAGGUGUAGUUAAUGAUACUGAAGCUGAGGAACGAAUGGCAAAACAGCUUGUGCCACAGUGUGAAUUGAUAGACUGGACAGCAGAAUAACAGAAAAGUGUGGUGUGUGUGUUGAAAAGCAGAAUGCUCCUUUGCUGCCGCUUCAUUCUCCUUUACAUAUCACAAAUAGUUGCCUGGGUAUAUCAAGUCUUAGCAAAUACUACAGCUUCAUUAUCAUGUACAAUAUGAUUGUUUUCUUUUUCUUUUUCAAUUUUUUUUUUUUGUCAAGAGUUCAUUAUUCAUUGUUGCGCAUCAGACAAGACACUUGAAUUUCUGUAAAAGUUUAACAUAUGAUUGAUAUGUAAUUAUGUAAAUGGAAGAUAGUGGUGUAUGCUAAAGUUGAAAUUUUCUAUUGCCUUCGUAA